GAGCAGGAGUUAGCGGAGACUUCGCAGUUGUGGAGGAAGUUGCACGGAGAAGCUGUGCUUAAAGCCCCGCUCAGCUGUUGUGGUAUCGCGACUGACUUACAGCAGUCAAGUUGCACAGAGUAACACUGGAGCCUGGAUGCGGUGCGGUUAUCAAGCCAGUGAGGCUCCAGCCCUGCUUGUGGUUUAGAGUACAUUGUGUCCUAGUUAUCUCUUUUUUCCCUUUGACUACAUUGUGAAAGAAGAUGAAGAACAGAAAGCAAUGUAUUCAAGAUACUGAGGGUCAGAAUCAUGAAGGCAUGGAAGGUGAAGAAAAUGAAGAAAGCUAUUCCUGUUCUACUUUAUUAUAUGAUGGUGACACAUGCCCCAUCUGUCUGAACUGCCUUCUAGAACAAGAGAUUGGUUUUCCUGAGAACUGCAGUCAUACCUUCUGCAUGACUUGUAUUCUUAAAUGGGCUGAGACACAGGCUUCAUGUCCUGUUGAUCGCAGACCGUUUCAGGCAGUAUGCAGGCUCGGUGCAUUAGAAGAGCAGAUAAAGGUUCAGGUUAAAAAGCAACUAAGGAGGAAGGAAGAAGACAAACACUGUGCCUGCAAUAAGGGAAAAUAUAGCCAUGCUAAGAGAAGAAACUUUGUGAGAAGAGCUAUAUGUCGAGACAGAGAGCACUUAGCAGCAAGAUUAAGCAAAGUUGUGAAGAAAAAAUACAGUAAUAUUUUGUAUGACAAACGAAACAAGAAAGCUUUGUCAGUGAAGAUAAACAAGCCCAGAAGACAGACCUGCUGGAAUGAGUGCUUCAGAACUAAUUUCUUCAGCACACUUCCAGCUGGUGGUAGCAAUGAAGAAUCCUCUUUUAGCUGUAGAAAUGGCUGUACAGAAUUCACAGAAGUUGAUGCAGCAAUCAGACAGAAGAGGCAAGCGCUAGAGUUGUCCUGUUCGUCUGCAAUUGCUAGAGUUGAAAGAAUUCCUUUAAUGUCUUACGGAGCUGAAGCUGAGACCUUUCUUCUCACUUCUACUACAGUGGCAGGGACAAUUCUUCCAACAAAUGUCAGGCCUUUGGAAAACUUUGAAUCCUUAGGUAAAGGAUAUGCUGUUGCAUGUACCCAAGAUGGUGAAGAGAAAAAGCAAGCUUCUGGUUCAUCUGGUGCUAGAGGAACUAGAAGGAAAUCAGUUACUACUACUCCGAGAAGAAGGUCUGCCCGAAACAGCAAAAAUGAGACUCUGGGUCCAUCUCGGAGCUCGCCUCGGUCAAGCAGUUCUGCGUGCAGUGCCCCUGAUGGCACCAACCCAUCUCUGAAUAAAUCCCUUUCAGAACCAGAGAAGGCUCCUCCAAAACGGAAGUCUAAACGAAUAGUUAAACAACAAACACCAGUGGCUAAAAAGAAACUGAGAAGGUCUGCACGUUCUGAAAAGUCACCCAGUGAUUCAGUGGAAGAUGAUGAUGUCGCUGAGCCUGAAGCAGUUGUGACAUUAGAUAAAGACCAGCAGUCAGAUAAUGAAAGCACAAGCCUUCCACAGAAGGAUAACACAGAAAUAGAAUCUGCUAAUGGAUUGGAAAGCUGUAGUGAACAUGCAGAAACUGAGGAAAGUACAGGAGAGUGUCACAAAGAUGAGGAUACUUCAGGCAGUGUGGAUGCAAGUAGUUCUAAUGUGCAAGAACCUCCAGUGCUAACUUCAGGAGGAGAAAAUCAGGAAAUCAAAGUAGAAGGUGUUACUGAAAAAAAUGCGGAUCUUAAGGAUCAGGAGAUCUGUGAAGAUACUCUUGAACAAAUGGAAACAGUAGCCAGUCCCAAAGAUGACGUGUGUGAUCGUGCAGCUGUUGAAGAAGUAGAUCAGACAUUGUCUACUCCUCAGAAUGAGCUAGUUGAGAAUAUAGAAACCGUGGCAGAAGUAGCUCAACCCAUAGCUAGUCCAGAAAACAAACUGUUGGAAUGUCCAGAACCUUUGGGAAAAGUUCAGCCAUUAGAGAGCCCCAGAAGCGAAAUGCCCGAAUACCCAGAAGCCAUAGAAAUAGAUGAUUCAAAGGCUGAAGAAAAGACAGUAGUAGAUUGUACAAGUACAGAUACUGAAAACUUAGAAACUCUUCAAGAUGAAGAACCAGAUGCAUUAGCACACAAUGUUUCUGUGGACAGUACAUCAGAACAGUGCUUAAAAGAGAGCUGUGUGCCAGAAAGUGAAGAAGGUAGAACUUCAGAGACACCCCAGGUAAAUGUUGAACAUAAACAUUUUGGUGAAGAUAACAAUGAAAUGAUACCGAUGGAUUGUGAUUCAUUUUGCAGUGACCAGAAUGAAGCUCAGGUUGAACAGUUACCACAAGUUGAAAGUACAGAGCAAGACGAAGUAAACUCCUUACAGUGUGGUGUGGAAAACUGUACAUCAGUUUCAGGACUUCCUGAUGAAAAAGAUGAAACUGUUCCUCAAGAGAGAGAGUGCCAGUCUGAACUCAAGAAAGAUAAAAAGGCUCGAACUAGAAGAUCUAGGUUUCACUCUCCAUCAACAACUUGGUCUCCUUCUAUGAGAGAGGGCAGGAAAUCUCAGUCACCAUCCCCUAAAAGGGAGGUGACCAGAGACAGGAGCUCGCGAUCACCCAAGAAGGAAGCUGGGAGGGAGGGAAGGAGAUCCUUAUCUCAUUCUCCAAAGAGAGAGACACUCAAAGAUGAGAAAAAAACAUCAUCUCGAUCUCCCAAAAGGGAAACUAUCAGGGAAAGCAGGAGAUCAUCUUCUCGGUCAAGAGCCAAGGAUUCGUCUCCAAGGCAAAAAUCUAGAUCUCGAAGCAGUGAUAGAGACAGUCAGAGAAGAGAUCGUGACAGAGAAAGAAGAAAUAGGAGGUGGUCUAGGUCACGGUCACGAUCUCGGUCAAGGUCCAGAUCUAGGACGAGAAAUAAAGGCUCUUCAUUCUCUAGAAACGAGAGGGACAGUCAUUCACCUCGAUGGAAGGAGAGAUGGACAAAUGACAGCUGGAGGAGUCCCAGAGGAAAUGAUCGAUACAGAAGAAGCGAUCAAGAGAAACAGAAUGAAAGUCUUAAAAAAGAGAAGGACAGUACAGAAAAAAACAAUGAUGAUCAGUGUUCUUCAGACAAUAGGAGGAAUGAUUGUCCAGACUGGGUAAUGGAAAGGAUAAACUCAGUUCCUGAAGUCAGGAACAGAGAGAGAGAGAAGCCACAUUGGGAAGAUAGCAGGCAUGACAAUUCAGGGCACUCUUGGAAUAAAAACUAUGCUUCAGGUUGGAUUCAGAAUCGAGGGAGGGGUCAUCGUGGCCGCGGUGGGCGUGGAAGAGGUGGUUUCAUGUAUGGAGACCAGAGUGAAAAUCACUGGCAAAAUAGGAAACCUGUCUCAGGGAAUUCAAAUGGUUCUGGCAAUGAAACCUCAAGGUUCUCAGAGCAUCAGCCCUACAAGCGUAAGAAUGAACAAGAUUACUCUUUCGAUACACCUGCUGACAGAUCUGGGUGGACAUCUGCGUCCAGCUGGGCUGUAAGAAAGACUUUACCUGCUGAUGUGCAGAAUUACUAUUCAAGAAGGGGACGCAACUCAUCAAGCCCACAGUCUGGAUGGGGAGUGAGGCAAGAAGAGGAGGUGUCUGAACAAGAUCCAAACCUCAAAGACCAAGGCAACCAGCAGAGUGAUGGUUCUCAGUUACCAAUGAAUAUGAUGCAGCAACAAAUGAAUGUAAUGCCACAAGUGAAUGCACAGCACCAGCCUAUGAAUAUGUUCCCGUAUCCAGUGGGUGUGCAUCCUCCUCCCAUGAUGAAUAUGCAAGGAAACCCUUUCAGCAUCCCCCCUCCAAUGCCCAUGCAUCAUCUCCCUACCGGAGUGCCUCUCAUACAGGUAGCUGCUCCCACAAAUUUGUCUCAGGGAUUACCUCCGCCUCCACCUCCACCCCCACCAUCUCAACAAGUCAACUACAUUGCUUCACAGCAAGAUGGAAAACAAUUGCAGGGUAUUCCAAAUGCUGCUCAUGUAAGUAAUAACAUGAGUGCUCCAGCCUUGCCUGCUCCAACAGCAGUCCUGGGAAACACGGGAACAGUUCAGGGACCAAGCUCGGGUAAUGCCACAUCGUCAAGUCACAUCAAGAGCGUUAAUGCAGCAGUGAAAGUGGGAGAGAACAAAGCAAGUGUGACAGUGGAAGCCAGUGCAGAUAGCUCGAAGAAGGACCAGAAAUUGUUAAUUCAAGAAAAAGCGGCACAAGAGGUCAAACUGGCUAUUAAACCCUUCUACCAAAAUAAGGACAUCACUAAGGAGGAAUAUAAAGAAAUAGUGCGGAAAGCUGUAGAUAAAGUUUGCCAUAGCAAGAGCGGAGAAGUUAAUUCUGCCAAAGUGGCAAACCUGGUGAAAGCCUAUGUAGACAAAUACAAACAUUCACGGAAGAAGAACCCCGAAGAGGCCAUCUCCUGCGAGAGGAAAUAGAACGUGCUUUCAGUUGUUAAUGUUCUUCUAUCUGCAAAGUGCAAUUGCAACAUGAACCGUUAACUGAAACUUGUACAUGACACUGAUUUGAACCUGGGUUUGAUAAAGUUAUUUUUCAAUGUAGUAUAUAAUGUUUUGUUCUAAAGAAAUAGAGACCUGCAGGGCAACUUCUUUAUUCCUUUUUAAAAGCAGAUGUCUAAAAAAGAAAUGAAAUGUGUAAAGAAGAAUCAUUAGGGAUGUAUGAUUGUGUGGAUACUUAGAUGUACAGCAUUUUGACUUGAAUAACAGAGUGCGUUAAACUAGAAUCUUCGGAGCACGUUGCUUUUGGAACAGGUAUGUACAGUCCAUGGAAUGGGUCAGAUUUAAAAUGAGUUUUUUUCUUUUUGAUUUCUCCCUAAUUAUAGCAAAUAUAAUGUAUUGCCUUGACAGAGAUUUCUAGCGUUAACUGGACGGGCUGAAUGCAGGGGUCACAAUGUGUAUAUAAAAAGCACAUGGAGUUGGCUGAACAGAACUGUUUAGAUUUUUAAAGAGGAAAAACCAUGAAGAGUGAAGGGCAGUGCCCAGGGCCAUGGGUGCUGCACAUCUGUUGUAACACCAAAUAAAAACGAUGCUGCUCGGU